AUGGAGUUCUUACAUAACGAUUCGUCGUUAUUACCGCCGCCAUCUAUAAAUAUAGUACAAACUGAAACAACUUCUACUGUUACAACAGUAGCAUUCAAAGAACGAAGUACCUCUCGCUUAUUAAGCUUAGAUUUAUUACGUGGUUUAAUAAUAAUAGUGAUGGCAUGGGAUCAUUCACAUGACUUUAUCAGUGACGGUAAAUUACCAAAAGAUCAUGGCGAUGAAGGUUGGAGUGGUCCUUUGGCCACAUAUGAUAACAAUGUCGGCUUAUUUUUACAGCGUUGGUUAACCCAUUUUUGUGCACCUGGAUUCUUUUGGCUCAUGGGUAUUGGUAUGGCAUUUUUUUCAACAUCACGCUCUAAACGAGGUUGGUCAAAUUGGCAAAUAAUUAAACACUUUCAGAUCCGUGGUUUAUUUCUUGUGUUCUCUGAUCGUCUUGUAAAUAUACCUGCGUAUGUACAAUUAUAUCGGAAAACAACAUGGUUAUAUCCAGCGGUUUUUCCAACACCAAAUGCAUUACUCGGUUUGCUAUCAAUAUUUGAAGUAUUAACGUCAUUAGGCUUAACUAUGAUGAUAUGCGGUUUGUUAUUACCUACUAUACAAUAUUUAAGUAAAAAAAUUAAAAUUUUUGUUUUACAAGGUGGUCAAAUAUUGUGUAUGCUGCUUGGUGGAGCUUCUUUUGUAAUAUCAAAUAUUGUAGUUAUCCAUUAUCAAGACGGUGAUCCUACAAAAAUGGAACCAUUUCCUCGUAGCGCAGAUCCAGCUAAAACAUUCCCACAAUAUCUAGUUAGGGAUCAUUCGCACAGGUCGCCUGAGAGAAAAUGCCAUAUGGGACAUACUUCACACGACUAA